AUGAAGGAACCAAUAAAAAAUGAAAUGGGGGAUAGAGAAAUAAAUGCAGAGAAUGUUUUUAGAAACAAUAAUUUUAAAAGUAAGGAUUGUUUACUAGAAGAAAAUAAUAUUAAAGAUUUAAAUUCCACAUGUUCAAAAAAUAUGGUCCCUCCUAUAACAAUUAUAUUGAAGGAAGAAAAUCAUACUUCCAACACAUAUGAAAUGAUGGAAAAUAAUAAAAAUAUUAAAAGUAAUGAUGAUGUUAAUAAUAAUAAUAUUAAAAGUAAUGAUAAUGAUAAUAUUAAAAGUAAUGAUAAUGAUAAUAUUAAAAGUAAUGAUGAUAAUAUUAAAAGUAAUGAUAAUGAUAAUAUUAAAAAUAAUGAUGUUAAUAAUAAUAAUAAUAAUACUUUUAAAAGUGAAACUUAUAUUUACAGUGUAAAUAAUAAAAAACCAAAGGAAGACAAAGCAGAAAAUAUACAAAAUGGGAAUACAAAUAAUAAUAUUAUUAUAUAUACCAAUAAAAAAAAUAAUGAAAAUAAUAAUUGCUUAAAUGAUGUUAUAAAUAAAUAUUUAAAUGAUUUAGAUAAUCAAGAAAAGGUAUUACCUAAAGGUGAACAUGAUAAAUGUACAAACAAUAUAAAUGUUUUAAAUAAUACAUAUAAUAUUAAUAAUAAUAAUUAUUAUUAUACUAUUAUGAACACUGAAGGGGAUAUUCUUAAUAAAAAUUAUAAUAAUUAUUUUAAUGAUAAUAAUAACUCUUAUAUUUAUCAUGAGAAUAAUAAUAUAAAUAUGAAUCCCUAUUUAAAUAUACAAGGAUAUAUUUAUAAUAGAAAUAUAGAAGAACAACAAAAUGGUUUAUGUGAACAAUAUAUCCCAUAUACUACCAAUAAUAAUGAUGAUCACAUAAAUAAUUUUAUUAAUGAGGUGUACGAUGAGGAUUCCUAUAAUAUAUAUUUUUCAAAUUUAAGCGACAAUAUGAAAAAUGAAAAUUAUGAUAAUAAUAAUAAUAAUAAUAAUAAAAAUAAUACUUGUGUGACAUCCCUCGGAAAUAUAUAUGAAUAUAAGAACUUAUCACAGCAACAACAAUCUAAUGAUGAAAAUAAUUAUUAUUCACAAAAUAAAAAAAGAAACACUUAUUCAAAUAAUAAUAAAACGAAUAGGUCUGACAUAUAUACUAAAGAAAAUAAAUAUGAAAGAGGUUUAUAUAAAACUUCAUAUACAAAAGAUAAAAAUAAUUUGUAUAACAACGGUAAAAUGGAAAAUUAUAAAUAUGAUGAAAAAAAAAAAGAUAGAAAAAUGGAUAAUAAUAAUAAUAAUAAUAAUAAAAACAAUAAUAAUAAUAAAAAUGAAAUUAAUAAAAACAAUAAUAAUAAUAAAAAUGAAAUUAAUAAAAACAAUAAUAAUAAUAAUUUUUAUGUUGAGAGAAAUAUUACAUACCAUAAAAACAAAAAGGAUAACAAAUUUUUUUAUGAUGAUAAAAAAUAUAAAAGGCAUUCUGAAGAAUCUGAAUGUAGUAUAUUCAAUGAUGAUUAUUAUCGUGUUCAGUGUAAAUUAUAUGGUGAUGAAAAAAUAAAUAUUCCUGAACCAUUAAUAAAUAUGGAACAAUUAAGUAAACUAUGUGAUGAAGAAUUAUACAAAAAUAUAUGCCUGAAAGGUUACUGUAAUAUGACUACUAUCCAAAAAUAUUCGAUCCCAGUAAUUUUAAAAAAAAUAAAUCUUUUAGCAUGUUCGCAAACAGGAAGUGGCAAGACGUUUUCUUUUUUAUGUCCUAUCAUAUCGAACCUUAAAAAAGAAAACGAGAUAUUGCGUCCUCACUUUCCUGGAUCGUAUGCCUGUAUAUCACCUUUAUGUUUAAUACUCUGUCCCACACGAGAAUUGGUAAUACAGAUACAAAACGAGGUUAAUAGCUUAACGAAAAAUAUGAGUAUAGUUUGCAUGUCCUUUUAUGGAGGGGAAACAAUGAAGGACCAAGUUGCCCAGAUAAAUGAAAAACAGGGAGAUAUUAUAAUUUGUACCGCAGGCAGAUUAUUAGAUUUAUUAAAUAGUUGUAAAGUUAGCCUUUCAUUUAUAAAAUAUUUAAUUUUCGAUGAAGCUGAUGAAAUGAUAUCUCUAGGCUUAAAAAAACAAAUGGACGAAAUAAUUUUCCAAAAGGAUUUAAGUCCUAAGGAUACGAGACAGACGAUAUUUUUUACUGCCACGUUCUCUGAUAAGUUAAAGGAGCAUAUAGAAAAAUAUAUGAGCACCCCUUAUGUAUAUUUGAAUAUAAAGCAAAAGAGGGAGACGAAGAAUAGGAUAAGAGAGAUUGUUAAAUAUGUUCCUGCAAAAUCCAAAUUUAUUGAACUUUUAAAGGAUAUUAAAAUAUUAAAAGGGCAAGCCAUAAUAUUUGUAGAAUUAAGACACUCGAUAAAUAACGUGUUUAAUUUUUUAAAGACAAAAGGUUAUAAUGUGGAUUAUUUGCAUGGGAAAAUGAGUCAGAUUAGGAGACAAUCCGUUUUUGAAAAUUUCAGAAAAAAAUCUGUUCAAAUACUUAUAGCUACAUCCAUAGCAGCAAGAGGUUUAGAUUUUCCCGAUUUAGAAUUAGUAAUAAAUUAUGAUCUACCUUCAGAAUUUGAACAAUAUAUGCACAGAAUAGGAAGGACCGGAAGGAUAGGUAAAGGUGGUAUGGCAAUAAAUUAUUUUAAUAGUUCAAAUAAAAAUAUUAUAGAUAAACUUAUUGAUCAUUUGAGGAAAUAUGAUCAACCUGUUCCCAAUUGGUUGCUUCACUUCAGGAAAUAA